AUGGAGGAGGUUGGCGAGCGUGAGAUGGACAGUGGUGAGUGCCAGUGCCAUUCCCGGGCAUUGUCGCCGCCCCGAUCCAAACGGCACUGCCUCGAAGUCCCUGCCCCGGAUGUCCAGAUCCGUGCCAAGGAAUCUCUCGGGCCGGAAGAGCAGCGCAUCGUCACCCCAGGCGGAAGAGUCUCUGGCGAUGGCAUAGGCGUUGAUGAGCACCGUCGAAGAAGAGGGACAACAAAGGCGCCAGUCCCGGAAUCCAGCUCGGAUCAGGCGCAAGGAGUGGCGAUGGCGGCAGAGGAGGAGGUGGUGAGCAAGGUAGUGGAAUGGCCAGAGGAUGGAGGAUUGACGCGAGAAUGGGUAAUCGGCGUGGGCGAGACCCUGGCGGAGGCGGCCUCCAUGCUGAGGACGCAAGCACUGCGCCAGGUAGUGCCAGUCGCGGUCGCCGAUUCGCUCAUCGCCAGGGCUUCCAAGAUCAUGCACAAGGAGCCCAAUUGCUUGCGCCUGGAGCCGCCACGGUCGAGCUCCAGUAGCAUCGUCCUGGUGGGCGAUUUGCACGGCCAGCUCCAUGAUUUGCUCCAUCUCUUUGAUCUGGCCGGCCUCCCCGACGAGGAACGAAUGUUUGUGUUUAACGGGGACUAUGUGGAUCGAGGAGUGUGGGGAUUCGAGACUUACUUUCUCCUCCUUGCUUGGAAGGUAUUGCUACCUCACCGAGUUUUUCUUCUGCGAGGAAACCACGAGACAAAGUUCUGUACGAGCGUCUACGGCUUCGAGAAAGAGAUCUCCGUCAAGUUUGGGGAGCAUUCCAAGCAUUUCUACCGCAAGCUCUUGGGAUGCUUCGAGGGCCAUCCUCUGGUGGCGGUGAUAGCCGGCAAAGUUUUCAUGGCACACGGUGCCUUGUUCCGGAGCUUGGAACCGGGGCCUUCUACGCGAUCUUUCUUGGUGAGAGCUGCUGCUAAGCUCAAGCUGGGUGAUCUGGACGACCUUGCAAAGUCGAGAAGAGGCGUGCUGGAUCCGUCGGCCGUGGGAAACAACGUGAUACCGGGUGAUAUCUUGUGGUCCGACCCAUCUCCAAACCCGGGGCUUGCGAGCAACGAAGGGCUUGUUUUUGGACCGGAUUGUACUCAAGAGUUUAUGGACAAGCACAAGCUAAAGCUUAUAGUGAGAUCUCACGAGGGGCCGGAUGCGAGACAGAAGCGUCCUGAGAUGGCGAGCAUGGACAAAGGCUACACGAUCGACCACGUUGUCAAGGCUGGAAAGCUCAUCACUCUGUUCAGUGCUCCCGACUAUCCUCAGUUUCAGGCGACCGAAACUCGUUUUAACAACAAAGCAGCCUACAUUGUUUUGGAACCACCGGAUUUUUGCGAGCCCGACAUUUGUGUUUUUGAGGCGGUCCUCCCGCAGCCACAUGUUAUGCCAUAUUACGAUCAUGUUAAUGUUAUGGAUUCAGACGACGAGCUAGAUCUGCCAAAAGACGGAUAAAAAAAAUCUAGAAAAAUGCCACGACUGCCACCUUUGAGGUC